UCAAUCAAAUCUGAAGGACUAUGAACUUUUAUUUAACAGCUUCUGUCUCAAGUGCCUGGAGACCCGAUCGUAGAAGAAUAAGGAAGCUCUGAACCAGGAGUCAUGGAAGCCAAACCCAAGCUCUACUACUUUUGUGGCAGAGGCAGGAUGGAGUCAGUCCGCUGGUUGCUGGCUGCCGCAGGAGUGGAGUUUGAAGAAGAAUUUCUUGAGACAAGAGAACAAUAUGAGAAGUUGCAAAAGGAUGGGCGCCUGCUUUUUGACCAGGUACCUCUGGUUGAAAUUGAUGGAAUGCGGCUGACACAGACUAGAGCCAUCCUCAGCUACCUUGCUGCCAAGUACAACUUGUAUGGGAAGGACCUGAAGGAGAGAGCCAGGAUCGACAUGUAUACUGAUGGCACCCUGGACCUGAUGAUAAUGAUCGCCUCUGUUCCAUUCAAACCCCCUGAGGAAAAGGAGGAGAACUAUGCUUUAAUUGUGAAGAGGGCUAAAACCCGCUACUUCCCGGUCUUUGAAAAGAUUUUAAAAGACCACGGGGAAGCUUUUCUUGUUGGCAACCAGCUCAGUUGGGCAGACAUACAGCUGUUAGAAGCCAUUUUGAUGGUGGAAGAACUCAGCCCUUCGGUGCUGUCCGACUUCCCUCUGCUGCAGGCGUUUAAGACAAGAAUCAGCAACAUUCCUACAAUUAAGAAGUUUCUGCAGCCCGGGAGUCAGAGGAAGCCACCUCCAGAUGACCACUAUGUUAAGGUGGUCAGGGACGUUCUGAAGUUCUAGUGGCAGCAGGUCUUAAGGAGGCUACAGCAAGGAUCCAAUCGCAGCGUCGCCACAGGCCAGCUACGGAGCAAUGCAGAAGCAAAGGACGGAUCCCAGGAGUCUUCAGCUGCAGUGGAAUAUUUUUAAGGCGUGUUACUUUUGUUUAUGUUGCAUUUGUUUAUCUCUGUGAAGCUGUGUUA